CGUAGACACAGCGUCAUAGUCCUUGCAACAUAAGGACUUAGUGCAAUUCAUGAAGAUUCAGGAAGCUUUCCAAGUGAAGGUUUAAUGUUAAGCCUUGCUGCUUGCUAGCUAUAAAUCUCAUCAUGGGAAACUGCUGUGAUUCUGGUGAAGGGGUUCCAGUCAUGUUGGAGACCAGUCGACAUUGUGGCAAUCAGAAUGGGACCGUGAUAAAUGCCCUUAGUACAUCAGCAAGGACUUUCAGCCCUGGGCAGGGCCAUGUGGACAUCAUACGUAGCCUUACCACGCCACACGGGAUGCAUCCUUCCACAGGAAAGAUAAUGGUGACUCUUUAUAGCUACUCUGCUACAGUUGAAGAGGAAAUAAGUUUUGAUAAAGGGGACAAGAUUGAAAUCCUUGAUGCUAGUGAGAAUGACUGGUGGAGAGGACUACAUCUUGGAACUGGGGAAGAAGGUUAUGUUCCAAGGAACUACAUUGCAGAGGAAAACUCACUUGAGAGUGAAGAGUGA